CACUCGUAGCCAGAGCUCGGACAAGGCGCCCGUCCCUCCUCCUUGUCCCGAACCGCCUCCGAGAAGUACCGAGCCGGCGGGAGCCCCACGCUCACCAUGUCGGUCGCGCUCAGCAACAGGUUCCAAGGAGGGAAGGCGUUCGGCAUGCUGAAAGCCCGGCAAGAGAGGAGGCUGGCCGAGAUCAACAGGGAGUUUCUCUGUGACCAGAAGUACAGCGAUGAAGAGAACCUGCCAGAAAAGCUUGCCGCCUUCAAAGAGAAGUACAUGGAGUUUGACCUGAACAAUGAAGGCGAGAUUGACCUGAUGUCUUUAAAGAGGAUGAUGGAGAAGCUUGGGGUCCCCAAGACCCACCUGGAGAUGAAGAAGAUGAUCUCAGAGGUGACGGGUGGGGUCAGUGACACCAUCUCCUAUCGAGACUUUGUCAAUAUGAUGCUGGGGAAACGGUCGGCUGUCCUCAAGCUAGUCAUGAUGUUUGAAGGAAAAGCCAACGAGAACAGUCCCAAGCCAGUUGGCCCCCCUCCAGAGAGAGACAUUGCCAGCCUGCCCUGA